GGGAGCCGGGCGCGAGCAGGGCGCAGCCGCGAGGGAGGCGCGGGGGAGGCCAGCGGGAGCCGGAGCACCAGCAGCAGCCAGUGUCUGUAAAGAGCAGCCAGCCAGAGCCAUAGUCGCGAUGGCCGUGGCGGUGGGGAGACCGAGUAAUGAAGAGCUGCGAAACUUAUCACUUUCUGGCCAUGUUGGAUUUGACAGUCUGCCCGACCAGCUGGUCAACAAAUCCACUUCUCAAGGAUUCUGUUUCAACAUCCUGUGCGUGGGUGAGACAGGUAUUGGCAAAUCCACAUUGAUGGACACUUUAUUCAACACCAAAUUUGAAAGUGACCCAGCUACUCACAACGAGCCAGGCGUCCGGUUAAAAGCCAGAAGUUAUGAACUCCAGGAAAGCAACGUACGGCUGAAGCUAACAAUCGUUGACACAGUGGGAUUUGGAGACCAGAUUAAUAAAGAUGACAGCUAUAAGCCUAUAGUGGAAUACAUUGACGCCCAGUUUGAGGCCUACUUGCAAGAGGAAUUGAAAAUUAAACGUUCUCUCUUCAACUAUCAUGACACAAGGAUUCACGCCUGCCUUUACUUUAUCGCCCCCACGGGACAUUCACUGAAGUCCCUGGACCUGGUCACCAUGAAGAAGCUGGACAGCAAGGUGAACAUUAUCCCGAUCAUCGCGAAAGCUGACACCAUCGCCAAAAAUGAAUUGCACAAAUUCAAGAGUAAGAUCAUGAGUGAACUAGUUAGCAACGGAGUCCAGAUAUAUCAGUUCCCCACAGAUGAAGAAACGGUGGCAGAGAUUAACGCGACGAUGAGUGUCCAUCUCCCAUUCGCAGUGGUCGGCAGUACUGAAGAGGUCAAGAUUGGCAACAAGAUGGCGAAGGCCAGGCAGUACCCUUGGGGUGUGGUGCAGGUUGAGAACGAAAACCACUGUGAUUUUGUGAAGCUGCGGGAGAUGCUGAUCCGAGUGAACAUGGAGGACCUGCGAGAGCAGACGCACACUCGCCACUACGAGUUGUAUCGGCGCUGCAAGCUUGAGGAGAUGGGCUUCAAGGACACCGACCCUGACAGCAAGCCCUUCAGUCUUCAGGAGACCUACGAAGCAAAGAGGAACGAGUUCCUGGGAGAGCUACAGAAGAAAGAGGAGGAGAUGAGACAGAUGUUCGUCAUGAGGGUGAAGGAGAAAGAGGCGGAGCUCAAGGAGGCAGAAAAAGAGCUUCAUGAGAAGUUCGACCUCCUGAAGCGGACUCACCAAGAGGAGAAGAAGAAGGUGGAAGAUAAGAAGAAGGAGCUUGAGGAGGAGGUGAGCAACUUCCAGAAAAAGAAGGCGGCGGCUCAGCUCUUGCAAUCCCAGGCCCAGCAGUCUGGGGCCCAGCAAACCAAGAAGGACAAGGAUAAGAAAAAUAGUCCCUGGCUCUGCACGGAAUAAACGAUACUCUCAAAUCUAACUGGACGUGCUUUCGCCUUUGCAUCUUCUUCUUUAUGUAGCCAUCCCGUUGACAAGCCCUACUCUCUCUUAAUGGACAGCAUUAGAAGAGCGGGAGCUGUCUGUCCACUCGAGUUGGGGAAGAGUUACCUCAUCUCCACCAUCGCCUCCCAUUCUUUAAAGUCUGGGUCAAAUAUUGCACUGCUGUUUGUAAAUGUCAAUGUCUGUUUACAAACCACCACCCUCAGUGGCUACCGAAGUGACUUCAACUACCAAAAAUAGUAACGAUAUAUUAAUGAAAAGAGUGGAAUAGAAAACUUAGGCCCAAACCCCGGGAUUUGGGGUUGGAAUCCUGUGGCUUAGCUGCCAAUUUCUUGAACCUCCUGAUCUAAGACCUUAAGGACCGAGGAGAGCCUGUGCCUCACUUGAGGUUGUCAUCAUCUGUGGGGCAAACGUAGCCCAUGGUAUUCCUGGUCUCGAUCCUAUGGGCAACUCUCACCAACCCAUCAGGAUCCUCAGCUAUCAGCAGGUCAUCAGAGUGGGCCAGCCCUUGCUGCCUUCUGUUGGUUUUGUGGGUUGUUCUGGCGUGGGAUUAAAAAAAAAAUGCUAUUGCAUGCACAGAGGUGGCUGCAGUUUUCCCUCCGGAACGUCCUAUUGAUACGGUGUUUUUAUUUUUCAGCUGACCAUCUGCCUCUUGAGAGAAAGAAGUGGGCAUCCUACCUUUAAAUUCAGGAACCAAUUUUUUUUUUUAUUUGACUCUGUUACCUGCAUCCCUUACAGAAGUUGUUUGGGGAGGGGGUUCUGCUCGUUUGGGGGGCGGGGAAUUCCAACUAGCCACUCCUGCAUUUUGUAUUUGUUAUUCAAACUUUUGGUGUCAAAAAUCAUGGCAAUCCUAAGUUCACUUCAGGGGAGAAUUCUGUUUAAUAUGUUCUUCUCUUAGAUGCAAUUUUAAAGUGCCCCUUUUUGUUACUAGAGUUUUGAUCUACAAGUCUUAAUUAUGUUUGAAUUGUGCCAGUGUUGGGUAAAUGACUUUUCUGCCUUUGGGGCUCAAUUUAUAUUUAAAGAUAUCUUAAAAUCCUGUCUGGCCCAUCCCUGCCUUUGAAUUUGUUGUGAAGCUCUGCUUUACCUCCUAUCCAUUUUUUCUUUUCUUUUUUAAACCACAAAACAAACACCAAACUGUACACACCCUUCCCAGGUCACUGCUGUGUUAACAAAGGUUCAGUUCAUACCUUCUCAGAGGGACUCAAACAGGGCUUUCUCCACAGUUUCUGCAAAAGGCCUGCUAGGAGUCAAAGCAUUUGCAUCAGAAAACUUAGAACCCACCCACAUCCAGAAACACUUGUGCCAGCUGAGUUAGCUUGUGCUUUCUAAUGCUGACCCGGGUCUAUGCCGAGUCAGGACACUUAAAAUAAUAUUCACCUCUCAGGCAAAAGACACCUUCUAGAUCCCUAUCAAUCUAACCCAACUAUCCAAAUUCCCAUCAGCAAAGAAUGGUUGAAGUUCCCUUCUAAAUUCACUACUUGUCUAUAGCGUUGUUUGCAUCUUUCAUCUCCAUGGGAGGUGCGAGUUGCAUUUGGUCAGAAGCCUUUGGGGCGGUGCCCUCUGUGAGAAAGGUGCAGUGCUUCUGUCGGCCAGUGAAGAUACAAUAGUUCUUAUUCUCAGGAAGAGGCCCCUUAGAGCAACUGGAUGAGUUUGUUAGCAAGCAGCUUGUCACUAGAAAGUAUUUCUAAGUGUAAGUAAAGGCAGUUUCACUGGAGCUACUAAGCUGCCCAAAUGCCCCUUCACCGUACGCAAUGGCUGAAACUCAGUGCUGUGACUAAUGGACGGGGCGUGGGUACCAACUCUGAUGCUAGCAUAUAUCGGUGCUAUGUUAAACAUGAGGUCAUGUUGAAACCACUAAGUAUAAUUUACUUCAUUUUUAAGUUAAAAUCAUUUAAUAUCAAUUUUAUACUAUCAUUUCACUUGUUUCAAAAUGCAUUUUGUUUCAGGUGAUAGUUGAGUAAUGCUUAAAAAUCAGGUCAGGUGGCAGGAUUUUGCCUAAGGAGAGUGUGUAGUUUCAUUGUUCUUCUCUUCAUACUAAGAUUGAGGUGAGAAGUGAGGGGGUUCCAAGCAAGCUAGCUUCCAUUCAGUGACCAUAGAGAACCUUGCUGUGGACAUCACUGGCCAAGUAUCUUGUGUUCUGUCUCUUAAGACUGACUGCCAUUGAUUUGGCAUUUUGCUUCACAUGACUCCUUUUCUCAGAUGUUGACAAAGUCGUGGGUCCUCAGGGCCUCCUGUGGAAUUAUGCCGAGGACCAUCACCAGCAAUAAGAAGUGCACUGGCUUACCCUCAUCUACACUGUGGGAAAGACUUGAGCCACAGAAAGAACCUGUUGCUGUAGGCAAUAGCCUUUUUAUUUUUCACCCCAAACUUUAAAAAAAUUACUGAGUUUCAAAUACUUGCCUAUCCAAGUAUAGUCUAGCUGUCUACUUGAGACCAGCAUAAUCCAUUAUGAAAGAGAAAUACAUCCUGGAUUAGUGUAUGCUAAGAUGGGUAAUUUAAAAAGAAAGUUAAAAAACAACCCCCCACCCCCAGCCCAAACCAAAGCCCAUAUGUCAUUGUCUGACCAAACAUCCAAACAUUUCACCAUCAAUGGUACCUUAUCAUUAACUUUCUUAGUUGUUUUUUUGUUCACCAUUGGAAAUGACUGCAGGAUGUUUCUGGACAUCUAAGAAAUACACAAUUGUGACCGUGUUUAAUGAUCUACCUACACAAAGCUUUGCAGAUAGCCAUCCUUCUGCCAUGGAGACCAACAGGGCACUGUCUCUUCAAAGAUCCUUGUGCUUGAAAUCUUAUAGUGAUACCUAGUCCUUAUGUCUCUUCCUGUCAGUAGCUAGCAAGCAACUGUCAAUACCCACGCCAGUGAAAGGGAUAGAUGUAUGGUCAUUGGAGCCUAAGUGCCCAUUCUCCCUCUCCAGUCUCACUGGUAACUCUCUGUAUGCAAUCUGCUGGAUGUCUGCUGCACAUCACAGGAGAUGCAGAAAUCCCAUGUCUGUUUCACGGUCGCUGGAGCCUUUCAGUCUGCCUUGGGAACUUAAGAUUGUGGCUCCCAAAUGAGUGGAACAGAGGCUAUUACCAUGAGCUUGUCCCUUUCCCACAAAGCACAACUUAAUGUAUGAGAGGAAUUGAGUAACAUUCCAUUAAAAGCUGGGCUUCUCGCAGUUUCUCUGCAGAGUUGGAGGGACAGCAUUCCCAGCUGUCUGCAGUACUUCCCCUUUCUGGUACUUUAUUCUGUGCCACGUGGCCAUGAGCAUUAGUCACACAGGGGCACACUCUUACCUGUACUUGCCCUCUGUCCCUCCUGAGCACACCAAGUGUGGAACAAAGGGAAAUGGUGCUGUGUCUCUUACUCAACUAUCGAAGAUGAAUCCUAUUCUGAACACCAACAGGGCCCCAUCCUCCCACAAGCUUGUCUCAAUGGCUGUUUGCUAUUGGAGUUUUCAUUCUGGAGUGUCCUCUCAAAGCGAGCUGUUCCCAUAAAAUGAGCAGCAGGUUUGCUGUGCAGAGAGGAGUUAGCUCUUUUCUUCUGUAGGCUACAUGUAUCAGUAGGCUGGAACAGUCUGGCAUUUGAUAGGCUAUGAAGGUUAUACUGAGUCAAGAUAAGAGUUGUUCCUUUUACCCUUAACCCCAAAGCUUCUACAGCAAUAAAACAUUCUUGGUUACCUUGGUGAAAGAGUAACAGAGCUUGCCGGUCAGUGGUGGCCACUCCUUUAAUCCCAGCACUUGGGAGGCAGAGGCA